AUGGACGAGAUAUGCAGAAAAUGGUCGAUCCAUGGAUGCUCGGCAGUCAUUGUGCAACAAGACCUUGCCGGCAGAUGGAGCGAACAAAUUUUGACCUAUGGACAGCGGAACGCUGAGGGUGACCAAGUCGACGCAGACACGCGGUUCUUUAUCGCAUCCAACUCGAAGUUGUUCUGCGUCUUGGCCACAGGCAUCGCCUUAGAGGAGGCGGGUUACCCGAAAGGCUUCAAAACUCGGAUCAAAGAUGUCGUUGCCGCAUAUCGCCUUCAGGAUCUCUUUUUGACAGAGACGGUGACUUUCGAGGACGCUUUUGCUCAUCUCACCGGCCUCCCAAGACAUGACAUUUACACCACCAAUGACGCUUCAACAUUGGAAGACCAGCUGCGGUUAUUAGGUGGCAUGAAAGCAUCUCUGGGUAUCCGAGAGGCCACCCAAUAUCACAAUCCGCAUUAUGAUCUGAUCGCCCUCAUUGUCGAGAAGAUCACCGGCCAGGACUACCCGAGCUAUGUACGAAAGAAGAUCCUCGAGCCACUGGGCAUGGCAUCGACCUCUGUACUUGUGAGUUCGAUGCUGGAAUCCAGCAACUUUGCCAAGGGCCACUGGCACCACUAUGAGACACUGGAGUCUCCCGGCCAAUCCAUCGAGCUCCCCAUGGGUUUGAGGGACGGCAAGUCGGCGUGCUUGGGGGCAGGGAGAAUGUCGAGCACGGCUCAAGAUAUGGGUGUUUGGCUCAAGACCUUGCUCGGUGAUGGCCAGCACCCUCAAUCCGGAGCUCCAGUCAUACCUUCAGGUAUGAUCAAGCGCUGCCGAAGGGGCACAGUUCGCUUUGAUGAGUACAUCCUCGAACAUCCGGGAUUUGGCCCAGCGUUGUAUGGUCUCGGCCUGUGGGAGCAGCCGUAUUACGGCCAUACGCUCGUGCAACACGUUGGCGCUCUCUCAGGAUGGAUGAGUCGACUGGUUCUCAUCCCAGAAUCCAAGCUGGGGAUCUUCGUCGUCACUAACAACGCACCAUGGGGAGGUCUAGCGUGUGACGAAAUCACAAUGGAAAUUGUCGAUCGCCACAUCGGUCUUCCAAAGUCGGACUGGACCUCGAGACUCCUUGCCGACAAGGAAAACGUUCUGAGGACCUGGACAAGCCAACUCCGAGCAACCUUGAAAGCGGCAUCUGAAGAGACCACCAGCGAUGGUGUCCCAAUGGAUCGAUCUAUGAUCACGGGCACUUACACAGCCCCAGGCUUCCACAAGUUCACCAUCAAGGCAGAGCAUAUCUUGUCCCAUCCUCCCAAGAGCCUUUGGGAUCUGCCGUGGUUCCCGCAAAUCUGGUGCAAAGAAUUCCAGCCCCUCCUGUGGCCUGGGACGUCCCCUCACAAAUAUAAAAUGUGCUUCAAGUGCUCGUUUCCCGAACAAAUGGAACAUGAAGACAUGCUGGGACUGCCCUGCGAUGUGGAACUCUUGGUCGAGGGUGGCAAAGUCCUCGGGAUGGGUCUGCGAGGCUGUUGGGGCGCCGGCAAAGGCGUCCCUUGCCCUGAAGGUUUGAAUGUGCGAGAUAGAGCCGAGGUUUUUCUGGACAAGAUUGGGUAA